AUGCCCGCAGCAAUGAAAGCAGGCUUGGAUGACAAAAUGACAGAUACUGGCAACUUGGACGGGAUAUUACCAGAAUGGGAGAAAAACUUAAAGGAUAUAAAAAUACCUGCUUGUUUUAACAAGAUGCCCCAAGAGACUGAGAAGACCUUCCCUCACUCCAAACAAGUUGGGAAUUACCUAGUAGGCAAAAUGAUCAACAAGGGCUCCUUUGCCAAGGUGAUGGAGGGGCUGCACAUCCCCACGGGGGAGAAGGUAGCCAUAAAAGUCAUUGACAAGAGAAAAGCCAAACAGGAUUCCUACAUUUUAAAAAAUAUGAAACGCGAGCCACGGAUACACCAGAUGAUUAAGCACCCCAAUGUUGUUCGGCUAUAUGAGACCUUGGAGACUGACAACUCCUAUUACAUGGUGAUGGAGCUGUGCCUCGGCGGGGACCUCCUGGACAGAAUUUGUGACAAAAAGAGGCUCACGGAAAGGGAAGUAAGGAGAUACACCAGGCAAAUUCUGUCUGCAGUAGAGCACCUGCAUUGCCAGGGGAUUGUUCACAGGGACCUAAAAAUCGAAAAUUUUCUUCUCGAUGAGAACAACAAUAUCAAAAUCGUUGAUUUCGGGCUGAGCAAUACUGCAAAAUUUGAGGGGCUCUCUCAGGAGCUGUUACAUACCCAGUGUGGGAGUCCCGCGUAUGCUGCCCCAGAACUCCUUGCUCAUAGGAAAUAUGGUCCAAAGGUGGACGUCUGGUCCAUAGGUGUAAGCACGUUUGCUAUGCUAACCGGCACGUUACCUUUCACGGUGGAACCUUUUAAUAUCAAGCAACUACAUCAAAAGAUGUUAAUUGGAGAAAUCAGCCCCAUUCCGUCAGACAUCUCCCCUGGAGCUGUACACUUCAUGCAGUCCUUACUCGAGCCUGACCCUGCUAAGAGGCCUGGAGUCAAAGAGGCAAUAAAAGACAAAUGGUUGAAUGAAGGCUUCACCAGGAAAAUACUGAAUGCUGCUACCUAUGAGAACAGACUUUGCCCCAGUGAAUUGAAUCCUGUUGUUUUAAACUACAUGACAGAAAUGAUGGAGUUCAGUCUUUCAGAAGUUAUCAACAUUUUAAUAAAUAACAGACCCUCUCCUGCCAUGGCUUCUUAUUGCUUAUUGCUGAAGAAACUUCUCAGGUACCAGAAAGACCGCAAAAGAGUCCAGAGGGAAAAUGAAGUAGAAAAACACAAUAUUAAUCGUGAUGAACAUUUGAACAAGGAGUUGGAAGUUCAGAUUUCCCAGAAAGCUGAAAUGGACACUUUGGAAAAUCUCAGGAACUACGGCAAUAGGGCAUUUCCUUCUGUAUUAACCCUGGCAGUGCCAGAUGCUAUUCAAGAAGAUGAGAUUGCAAUUACAUUAGAAAACCAAGAAAACUUGCCAGAAGGUUUGGAAACUCCUUUCAGCGUACUAAACAUUCACCAAGGCUUCCCGUCAGCGCUGGAGUUUGUCCUUUUGCCGCUGGCUGAAUUUCCAUCUCGUUUGACCUCCAGCAGACGGCCGAAAGCCCCUCUCCGACCCGGCGGCAACUGCGCCGUUGGUGAAGGACACCGCUGGGGAGGACGGGCCAGCGGGGACUCCGCCUGGGGCUGA